UGUGUGUGUUCCUGAGUGUGUUGUUGUGCUUUUAUAUGUUUUUCAGUUCAGGCUGCAGAUGAACAGACGGCCAUCAGAGAGAGACUGAAGCUGCAGAAUCAGGGACAGACAGACAGACAGACAGACAGACAGACAGACAGACAGACAGACAGACAGACAGGUAUCUGACAGGUGAGGCAGGUGGACGGACAGCUGCAGGAAGAUGUCGCUGUUUGAGUUCUGGAGGAGGACGGAGGAGCGACUGGAGCAGCUGAGGAGAACCAAUCAACUGAGACUGAGUCCUGCACAGGUGAGCCGGUUGCUAGGCGACAGUGAGGUUCAGACGGAGCUGCAGAAUGAAGGGAUAAUGUCUCUGCUGCCCCCUGUUGGUACGGAGCUCUUCAGACGCUUCACUCCAGCCUCUCUGGAGAAGAUCAGAGAACGACAUGAAGCCGAGGAGAGGAAGCAGCAGAACGACCAGGUAACCGAGAAAGCUCCAUCCAAUGACAUGGCAGCAGGGAAGCCCCUCCCCUUCAUCUACGGGGACCCGCCCCCUGAACUCCUCACAACCCCAUUGGAGGAGCUGGAUCCCUUCUACCAAUCACAGAAGACUUUCAUGGUCCUCAGUAAGGACAACAUCAUCCACAGGUUUAAUUGUGAAUCUGCGUGCUUCCUGCUGAGUCCGUUCAACCUGCUGAGGAGGUUCUCCAUCAAGCUCCUCCUCCAUCCGUUCUCCAGGAUUUUCAUGCUGCUGACGAUUCUGACCAACUGUUGUUUCAUGUUGAUCAAAAUCAAAUCUCCAGUUCUGAGCGGAAUCCUGGAGUUGAUCUUCAUGGUCAUCUACACGCUAGAUGUCCUGGUGAAGGUGGUAUCCAGAGGCUUCUGUUUGGGACGCUUCACCUUCCUCAGAGAUCCCUGGAACUGGCUAGACCUCCUCAUCCUCACCACUGGGUGUGUGACCAAGUUUGUAGAUUUGGCGAAAUUUUCGGUGCUGAUAACGAUUCCUCGAGUACUGAAGAUCUUCACAGUCAUCCCAGGUAUGAAGAAGACGGUGGAAGCUCUCCUCCAAUUGGUGAAGAGGCUUGCUGAUGUCAUCAUCCUGAUGGCGUUCUGCCUCAGUAUCUUGGCUAUGAUUGGUCUGCAGCUCUUCAUGGGAAAUCUUAGGCAGAAAUGCAUCAUUUGGCCGCCGCCCUUAAUGGAGAACAUCACGGCAGGUUACCAUGACAACAUGACAUGGAGCGGUGACUUUGAUUUCCACUCGUACAUCAACGACCCAGUGAACCAUUACCACAUGCCUGGUCACCUUGAUGCUCUGCUGUGUGGAAACAGCUCAGACUCCGGCAUGUGUCCAGAGGGGACCGUCUGCCUGAGGGAUGGGAGAAACCCAACCUAUGGAUACACCAACUUUGACUCAUUUGGCUGGUCUCUGCUGUCUGUGAUCAGACUUAUGACUCAUGACUUCUGGGAAAACCUGCUGCAGCUGGUGGUGCGAGCCACAGGUAAAUCCUACGCGACUGUCUUCGUUGUUAUCUUCUUCCCUGGAUGCUUCUUUGUGGUCAGCCUCAUUCUGGCUGUGGUUGCCAUGGCGAUGGCAGAGCGGGAGGAGGCAGGCGCCGCUGAGGCGAAACAGAAAGAGGAAGAGUUCCGUCGGAUUGUGGAGGUGUUGAAGGAGAAAGAGGAGGAGGAGGAGCAAGCCUCCAGCAGGGCGGAACUCCCAGAGAAACGGGACUCACCACAGAAGAAGAAUUCAGCUGCAGAAAGCCAGAGCAACGAGCAGGAACAGGAUGCCGUGAAAGGUGAACCUUCGAGGUGCAGCUUCAUCCACGUCUUCCUCCAGGGGGACUGCUGUGGCUGCUGGCGGUGGAUCAAACAGCGGUGCUACACCUUCAUCAUGAACCCCUGCUUUGACCUGGGGAUCGUCCUCUGCCUCGUCCUCAACACUGUCUUCAUGGCCAUGGAACAUUAUCCAAUGACGCCCAGCAUGGAGGAACAUCUGAGCAUCUCAGAGCUGGUCUUCACGUUUAUCUUCACAGCUGAGAUGAUCCUCAAACUCGUAGCUUUGGGCUGUUCUGGCUACUUCAAGGUGAGCUGGCACAUUUUUGACUUCAUCCUGGUUGUGGGCAGUCUGCUGGAGCUGGGACUGAGCGAUGUGGAGGGGUUUACUGUGAAAUUCAGAACGUUGCGGGUGGUCCGGUUGGCCCGGUGGUGGCCGUCCUUCCACAUGUUUCUGAAGAUGAUCCAGAGCUCGGUGGGGAACGUGGCUCUGGUCCUGCUCUUCCUGCUGUUCCUGUCUGUGGUGGUCGGCAUGCAGCUGUUCCAGAGGGACUACAAAGAUCAGGUCUGUCGCAUCGCCAUGGACUGUGAGCUUCCUCGCUGGCACAUGCAUGACUUCUUCCACACCCUCAUGGUCAUCUUCAGGGUUCUGUGUGGCGAGUGGGUGGAGAUCCUGUGGGACUGCAUGGAGGUCUCUGGUCAGGCCACAUGUCUGGUUUUCUUCAUGACGGUGAUGGUCAUUGGACACCUGCUGGUCUUGGUUCUGUUCCUCAAUUUGUUGAUAAAAUCAUUCAGUCUUGAAAAACUUUCCUCUCCAGAAGAAAAAGGAAGAAAUAACUUGCAGACUGCCAUCACCAAGUCAAGCACCUGGAUCCUGGACCACAUCUGGACUUUCCAGGGAAAGAAGAACCACGUUGACCCAGAUCAUAAAGCAGCUGACAAAGACAACCGGAAGGAGUACGUGGCCUUAGACUUCGUGACCUCAGACCAGCCGGCCGUCAACGGUAACCAUGACAACCAUGACAGGGCCCCCGUCGCCGAGGCCGAGGUCGAAUUCAACUCACCUGAAAGUGAAGAAGAGAAAGAACAACGAAGUGAAAAACUACAAGACGAAGAAAAUCUGAAAGAAAACACACCUGAGGACUGCUGCUGGGAGAGUUGCUGCUGUCCGUUCCAGAGUGUAGACACGUCCCAGGGCCCGUUGAGGAUCUGGUCUAACUUCAGGAGAGCCUGUCUGCUCAUCGUCCAACACAAACUGUUUGAAGGUUUCAUCGUCUUCAUCAUCCUGCUGAGCAGUACUGCUCUGGUGUUUGAGGACAUCCACCUCCAGAGCCGUCCAGUCCUGCAGAAGGUUCUGGACACAGCAGACCUGGUGUUCAGCUUUCUGUUCCUGGUGGAGAUGCUUCUCAAGUGGAUUGCCUUCGGAUUCAAGAAAUACUUCAGCAGCUUCUGGUGUUGGCUUGACUUCCUCAUCUUAGACGUGUCUCUGGUCUCUCUGCUGCUCAGCUGGAUGGGAUUCAACACUCAAUACCUGAGAACCCUGAGAACCCUGAGGGUCCCGUCUCGCUUCCAGGGGAUGAAGGUGGUGCUGAAGGUUCUGGUGGUGACCGUCCCAGCCAUGCUCCAGGUGCUGCUGGUGGUUCUGACCGUCUGGCUGAUCUUUGCGAUUCUGGGGGUGAAUCUGUUUGCAGGAAAGUUCUAUUACUGUUUCAACGAGACGUCGGAGGAAUAUUUCCUUCCUGCCGUUGUGAACAACAAAACGGAAUGUUAUUCUCUGAUAGAGUCUAACAUGACGGAGAUCCGCUGGAAGAACACCAAGUUUAACUUUGACUCCGUGGCCUCCAGCUAUGUGGCGCUGCUGCUUCUGGCGAUGUCCCACAGCUGGUACGAUAUCAUCUACGCGAGUAUGGACUCCAGAAAGGUGGAGGAUCAGCCCGUCUAUGAGACCAACCUCUACAUGUACCUGUACUUCAUGUGUUUCAUCACCAUCGGCUGCUACUUCACCUUCAGCUUCUUCAUCAGAUCCUUCAUUUCUGCUUUGCAACAGCAGAGACACAAGACAGGAAACCAUGUUUUCAUGACGGAGCAGCAGCACAAAUUUUCCACUUCCAUGAAGACACUGUUCUCUGAGCCUAACAAAGAUGUUCAACGUCCUCAGAACCAGUGUCAUGCUCGGCUCUUUGAUGUGGUGACUGCUCCGUGCUUUGAGAUCUUCAUGGGAAUGGUGAUCUGCCUGAACAUGGUGGCUUUGAUGGUGGAGACGUAUGAACAGAGCUGGGAGAAAGAAGUUGUUCUAUACUGGUUCCACUUUAUCCUCCUCCUCAUCUUCCUCCUUGAGUUCUUCCUAAAGAUCAUUGCACUGAGACGGCACUACUUCAGCAGCUGCACGAACAUUGUUGACUUUGUGAUCCUCAUCGUGUGCAUAGCAGGUCUAUUCGUGGCUGACCUUGUGGAGAAGUAUUUCGUCAGUCCACAGCUCUUUGCUGUGCUCCGGUUGACUCGUAUCUUGUGGCUCCUCCGUCUCAUUCGUUUUUCCAAAGGGAUCCGUAUGCUGAUUGUGGGCUUUGUGAUGUCACUUCCUGCCCUCGUCAACAUUGGCCUCCUCCUCUUCCUCCUUGUGUUCACCUUCUCCGUUGUCGGCAUGUUUAACUUUGCCUAUGUGAGAAAGGAGGCACUGAUCAAUGACCUGCUUAACUUUGAGACGUUUGGGAACAGCAUGCUUAGUAUGAUGAUGGUCACCACUUCUUCUGCAUGGGACGGUCUGCUGUUUCCCAUCAUGAACACACCUCCAGAUUGUGACCCGUUAAAGGAGCACCCAGGAUCGGUGGUUGUAGGGGACUGUGGCAGCCCGGUGGUGGGCAUCAUCUUCUUCGCCACCUACAUCAACCUGUUUUUCCUUCUGGUGCUCUACCUGUUCUCCGCCGUUGUCCUGGAGACCUUCAACACCAGGAGCCCUGAAGAUCCUGAGGACCUCAAACUGUUGAGUGACCACCACCUGCAGAUGUUUUAUAAAACCUGGAGGAAGUUUGAUCCUGAUGCCUCACAGCUCAUCGAGUACAGUGAGCUGUCAGAUUUUUGCGACGCCCUGCAGGAUCCAUUGAGGAUCCCCAAACCAAACAACAUCAAGCUGAUCCAGAUGGACCUUCCUCUGCUGCCUGGAGACCAGGUCCACUAUGUGGACGUUUUGCAAGCUCUGACCGCACAGCUGUUUGGGAAGUCGGGACAGUCAGACGCUCUCAGAGCCAGACUGGAAGAAAAGUUCUUCACCAACCCGUCUAAGGUGUCCCAGGAGCCAAUCAGCAGUACCCUGCAGAGGAAACAGGAAGAGGUGGCAGCGUCGGUGAUCCAGCGAGCCUAUCGUAAACACCUCCUGCAGGACGCUGGUGACAAGGAGACAUCGCACCCGGCUGGGGGCGGAGCCACGGGCAUUUCAGGUGCCACUUCACAGUGAGCUUCCUGUCACCUGACCUCCCUCUGAUGAGAACCUGAGGGAGUCAAUCAUCUGCUGAUGGUGGCAUCUUGUUGUCUCAUGUUUCUUCUGUGUCUUUAUCUACAUCCUCCUCACUAUGGAGGAAUUUCUUAUCCUGUUAAAACUCAGGCCACACGAGUCAAAACAUCCUGAACAUCGAAAACGACCUGGAGAAACCUGCAGCUUCUUUCCUCUGUUAGUCAGAAACCUGCAGCUUCUUUCCUCUGAUAGUCACAAACCUGCAGCUUCUUUCCUCUGAUAGUCAGAAACCUGCAGCUUCUUUCCUUCAGAGCCAAAGAGUUGAAUCCUUUUCUGUCUUUAAUCUGUGAUUAAAGUUUCCUAACUGAGGUUUCCUAACAAAGCUCAGUCUGUGUGGAGGUUCAUCCACAUGAUGCAUGAUACUAAUCUUAAGAGAUAAUAGAGAUUAAAAGAUGUAUCCAGAUUGUAAUACUUCAGGUAUUUAAUCACUUAACAAGCAUUUAAACUCUGAGCUGACCAUGGAACUACUGAAAGAUCACUGAUCUCAUCUCACAGCUGCAGAUUAUUUCCGUCUAAACCAAUCGGUUAACAUCCACAAAAACACAACAGCAGAGACAUUUAAAAACUGCUUCAAAAUUAGAGAUGUGACUCAUUUUCAUUGUCAGUUAAAGUGUUGAUAGUUUUCUGUAUUAAAUGAAUGAUUAAUUAAUUAAUUGGUUGUUUGGUCUCCAAAAGGUCAGAAAUGAUGAACUAUGUGGAUCAGCGUCUCCCAAAGUCCAAGAUGAAAAAAGUCUUGUUCCCAAGCCAAAGAUAUACAAAUCAUUUUUAUAGAGAAGGAAAGACAUUUUUUUUGAAAAAUGACUCAAACUGAUUAAUUGAUUAUCAAACUAGUUGGGGAUUAAUUUGUUUUUUGACAGCUACGUGAUUAAUGGUAAAUUGCUGCAGCUCUAUUCAGUGUCAGUCAGAAAUAUUUAGUCUGUAGGACGAAGUUUGUUGAAGAGCAAAUGGAUAAAACCUGAACGCUGGUGCUCAUAAUAAACUACUUUUGCUACUUAACAAACACUUUAGCUUUUUCCUCCAAAUAUUACCACUCAUUAUUGUUAUAAAUUUAACCUGGAAAUCAGUUUUCUCCUAACAGAUACUCCACAGUUAUAAGAAAUAAUGCAGUAUUCUUCUACUAACAGCACUUACCCUCCAGGUUUGUUGGUCAUGAUUGUUCUAAUGUGUGAACAGCUGAUAGAUAGUGUCAUUAUUGAUUUGAUGGAUUGGCUGAAGGUCAGUCUGGAGUGUCUGAUUUACAGCAUCAGUUUAUCUGUUGAUGUUGAUGUUAACCUGAGAUGUAGAAUGGUCUAAUGAACCAAUGACCUCCAUCAGUUUAUCUGUUGAUGUUCUCAUUAACCUUAGAUGUAGAAUGGUCUAAUAAACCAGGGACCACAAAGUUCACGUUUCAUAUCAAAGUUCUGUCGUUGUUUCUAAACUUUAAUCAAACAAAUAAUAAACACAUGAACAUGAAAA